GUCGCCGUACAACGCUGAGACACGGCAUAUGAGAGUCAGACGCGCUUAGCGUUGGGACUUAGCAGAUUUUGUGAUAUUACCGAUCAACCCUAUUCAGGGACUGUCCGAACACUUUGAGGCCUUUUUUCACAAAAUGGGAACUCAAGCGGAUUGUAAAAAGGCGGAUUCUACGAGUUGCGCUCAAACUUUAGGCCCGAUGACUCCGGAUUCCAACGCACGCGUGCGUCUCAUCAUUUGCCCAAUUGCGGGUGGACACUUUGAGUUGAUUGUCUCGCUUAAUGAUACUGUGGAGGGCCUAAGGAAAGCUAUUGCAAACAGAUUAAAAGUUCACAAGGAGCGAAUACAUCUUCUCUACAAACAACGGGUACUCAAAGAGGGGAGCCUCGCAGAGAACGCUGUGCUCGACGGAGGCAAAAUCACCCUGUUGCCGAACGUGGAAAGUGGACUGGCGCCUCAAAAAGCUGAACAAGGUGUUAUGCAGGCCCUGGACCAUCUGUCUGAGUCACAGGUGACGGAUUUCCUCUCCGGAAAAUCACCGCUGACUCUGAUGAUGCGUCUUGGUGACCACAUGAUGUUCGUCGAACUACAACUCUCCACAACACCUCAGAACGUACGUCGCACAAUGUCCGUAUCUAGUCCAAUCAAGCCCACUGCGAGCCGGCCUAUUCCACAGGUGCAAUCUCUCCCGACCCCAGCCCUUCCCCGGGAAGCCACCACUUGUACAGCUAGUCCUAAGAACGUUCCUAUACUGGACGGGUCGGCCAUUGCUAAGGCCAGUCGCAACUUAUCACAGAGAUUAAAAGAAUUAUCGCACACAUCAUUUUCAAAUAAGAUUGUAAAUAGUACAGCAACGCCACCUUGCCAAACACAAGCAUGUACAACAAGUGUACCCUCAAGUGCACGGUCACCGGGAGCCAUUAUAGAAAGCAUGUACCAUCAUGGCCAAGGGGUAUUCUCGGGGACAUUUUCUGGUACGCUAAACCCAACUCUCCAAGACAAAGACGGCAGACCACGAAAAGACAUCAACACGAUAAUACAUAUAUUAAACGAUUUACUCGGUGCAGCACCACAGUAUAGAAAUGGCCUGAAGGGGUCGCCAUCCCAACUACAGCGACCAAUGAGUCCAGUUUCACCCACUUCACCAUCUUCACCUCGAUUAGAAGAUCCCGGCAGCAAAGAAAACCGUGCAACACGGGGAAAGAUGGAACAGAUUCGCCAGAUGCUUGAGGAGCGUCGUCAUCGUCGUAGGGUGAAGCGGGAACUCCGUGCAUGUCCGUACUCCGCAUGGGCGAUCCGACAACAUCACCAUCUACGGAGCCAACAGGGGCCGGCAGCCGAAGCAAUGGACCGAAGUGUCAGCGAUACGAAAUACAUGGAAUUAAACGGCGAGCCGGUGGUAGCUUGAACAUUCUGUGCCGCAGAAUCUUAGGUAAUUUUGCCGGUAAUUGUCGCCGUGUGAAAAUGGCGCAUAUUUCACCAGUCGUUAAUGCCAGUUUUGCAACCUGGCGGAGCGUGGAUAGAUUACAAGACGAUGGGAAGGUGGCGUUGUGAUUAGCUAGUGGUUUAUUUGCAUAGUUUGAUAGCAUUCCACGUAAUGUUACUCCCAAUAAUUAUUUCAACCCCAGACAUCAGAUCGCAAGGUCAAGUUGGAGUCCCAAAUGGAAUGCGAAAACAUUUGCCUGAAACGAUGAACCCAACGGGUUGAAAUUGAGAGGCUGAUCAUUCUGAGGGAUAAUGGCUGAUGCUAAGAACUUUGCAAGAAUGUUGGACAAGUUAGGAGAAUGAAACGGAAUGGAAAAUGUAAGGAAUUUUGUUGAUGACCUUCAAGGUGAAUUCAUGUGUGGGACGGGUUUGACUUGAAUAAAUGACAACUCACGUCCGCACGCAAUAGUAUAUACAGGCAUAUUUUUGGUGAUGUUGGUAGAGGGCAUAUAGGCAAUGCAUAAUUUUUUCACAGUUUUGAUCUGUAUGGUUGUAGGUACUCAGGAUGUUGACCGCUUUAGACAGUGGUUAGCCUAUAAUUGAUCAAAAAAUUGAAAAGUUAAAAAAAAAGUUCAUUCAAAAUGAGAGUGUAUAGCACUAGUGAAGCUUUGUACUUCCUUUUCAAACCAUUGUAUUCAAUUUUGACUACUUUUGGAGCCCCUUGGAAUAGUUUAUUCAUGUAGAAGCGCACACAACAUUGUGAAUUACUCUCAUAGACGGGUUUCCUUAUUUGUACAAUGGGGUAUGUAUCAUUCAUGGGCUUUGCAGUAGUAUGCAACAGGCUUGCUUGUACCCUACACUUCUUGGACCUGAGAUUGAAGAAAACCAUUGUAUGUAGCAAGCUAUAGGUGAAAAGGUGAAAGAUAAACCGAUAAAAAGAUGAAUAUUUACAUGUAUGAGCUGUGUUUUAAUAAGAUUCUCAGUUAUGAGAAGGGGCCAUCAAUUUAAUUGGUACGCAUGAAACUUUGAACCGCACUAGAUUGGUUAACAUUUAGGAGGACAUUUUGGUGUAUAAAUCCCAGUUAGGAUAUUUGAAAUUCCAUGAAUUUAAUGAAAUGCAGUCUCUUCCUCUCUAUUUCCAUGAUAUGCAACCAGUUGUUUCAAAUUUUGUUUGUUUGGUUUUUUUACAUGUGAAUACGACAGAGACUUGACAGUGUCUCAUGGAAGUUGGUGAGGUCCCGAACAGUAUUUAUUUUGGGACCAAAGAUUUUGUUCUGAUUUAUUUUUGCCACUUCCAGUGCACUUCAUUUCUGAAGUAGUCCUCGUUUUUUUUGUUUAUUUUGUUUUCGUUCUCGUAUAUACACCCCUUUUUUUUGACAAAUUUAGCAAUUUCGAAUCGGGCUAUUUCAGACUAAGUUGACUCAUGUCUGAAGCAUGCAGUUUUCAGUUUUAUCCUGUUCUUGACCAUCAAAAGAAGUCAUAGUAUCUUCAUAUUUCUUUAUAAUCUCAAACCUAAUUUGAUAUAAAGAAUAACAUAGUCUCAAUUAUCAUAUAAUUGCUUAUAUGUAUGUAACCAAAGGAUUUUCUCAAAACAUCUUCUAAAUUGAAGAAUGUUUCAUUGUCAUGGAAAUUGGAGAUGGCUAAGUAAUAUUUUGUGCUGCUUAUCUGCUUGUGGUCAUCAAAACUGGUUAAUCUUGUGAUACAAAUUUGACCUGAUCUUCAGUUGUUAAUCAGUGAUCUCGUUCUUUAGAUUUUUGUAAUAUAAAUUGUGUUGCUGGUGAUGAUAACAUCUGUGGGCGUGCAAUGGUUGGUGUCAUUGUGGUAACAUCACGAACCCAAGAAGAAAGUAAAGAAAUAGUUUUUAAAAGGGUUUUUAAAACCUAUUGACAUACUAUGUCAGUGAAAUGCUCUCCAAGUUAUGAAAGUUUUGGGUGAACGGUGUAUCGUACAUUUUCCAAAUUUUCUCGAAAAAACCCAGUCUGUCGUAAGGAUUUGAAUGACUGUCAUUAGAUUUGAACACUAGUCGUUGCAAACAUCUUGUAAUGAGCAGGUCAUUGUAUGAAACAUCUUGCAAUUGUGGCAUCUAAUAUAGACCUACCUCAGUAACAUUCUAAUAUUUUGAUGUGCAUUCUAAGUGUGUGCGGAAUUCGUUCAGCAUUGUAUCAUGUGAAAAUCUUGCAUGUGCCUUUCAAAUGCUCAAAGAAAUUCCUCUUGAUUGGACCUCAAGCACAAAAUCAUACAUGUAUGUGCAGUACUUGUCUAUCGACAUGUAUAACCAAUGAUGCCUUGUGGUUUCUGCAUCUGUCGAUAGCCUGGCUGGUUUUUGAUAGAGAAGGGUAGUCACUGUAUGAAGAGAUAAGAUGCAAAGGCCACUUAAAGCCAUUCUGAAAAAAACGGAGAUAUUGGUGAGAUGAAACGGACAGUGCCCUGGAUCUAAAUACCAAUGUUUUUCAAUUCAAACGCACAAAAUCCUUUCAAAAGUCAAGUUAAUGAAAUGUCGCUUUGAAUGUGAAAACCAUAAGAGUCACAGAAGAAAAGUUGCAAUUGCUGGAAAAGAGCUGAAUUCUACUGUAACAUCAGUCAGGAGCCACUGAGCCUCAAUGUGCACUUGUCUUAUCGCAAGCAUCAAUACCACGCGACUGCCGCAGAAACGAUGUCUUUGUAUUAAUCUCUGCAUGUUACUACUCAAAAAUUAUUUGUGUUUGUCAGUGGUGUUCUAUUCUAAUAUGUUCCUAUAUUGGUGCUUAUGGCUUUUGUGAAUGCUUCUAGUUUAGAGGGUCUGUGUACAAGUUUGUGUCUUUGAAAGAUGUUUAGGGUAAUAUGUAGGCUCUUUGAAACUGUUUAAAAGAUUUGUUAUAAUACUGUAAACCAUGUUAUUUUUGUGAGUCUAACAUUUUUAGCAAGCCCCCCCCUCCCAACACCCCACUUACAAAGCUUUUCAUUAGAAAUAGGACGUAAAAAGACAUAAUUGUCAAACAUCUGUACUGUGCAUUGAUCACUCUGUGUGUCUUAUGGCAUUGUCCUGCAUUAGUGUAUUUCAGGAGUCGAAACAUUCCCAAAUACUGUCAACUUGACCAUCUUGAAAGUGAGAUCUCCUAGAGGAGUUUGCACUGAUUGUAGUGCUGUUUAUGUAACUGCGAACGGUGGCGUGGAGUGACUUUUAUUUUAGGGAUCGAAGUCACAUUCGCAAAUUCCACAAAUAUAAAACGCCUGUGAAGUUUUGCUGUUUACAAUGUUACCAUGCAGGCUAUUCAUUGAAUGACAGGAUGUUCCAUAUAUAGAUUCAAAGUUUAAUGACGCAGUUGUCCGACAAAAUGAAGACAUGUAACCUAGUUUUAACCCAGAAGAUGUGAUCAUUUUGCAUGAAUCCAUAACAUAUCACAGAAAUGGAAACUCAUUAUUAACUCAUGAAUGUAAGUGUGCAUACUGUCAUUAAAAGUCAACAGUAAUAAGAAGAGUGUAAGAUGGUGUUACUCUUCCUCCCUGUAGAUUGUACAUUCCUAAUCUAUCGUAGUCUCUUAAAGCGCACAAAGUUGAUAUACUCAGUCUGAUGUGGUUAAAGGGAGAAUAUAGGUGAUGCUAUGAUGAAAUGAUUAUGUUUUGUGAAUCCUGAAGCAAGGUUGGACCCGUGUGGUAUCAUUCUAUUCAGUGACUUGUGCUGUUUUGGCUAGAUGCCAUGAGAUUCAAGGGCUAUAAGCAUCCAAGUCCUCAGCGUUGUGGCUCAGGGCAUCUUAAGCCUUGGCUGUAAUGCUUUUCACUGAAAGCACAAUGUAUGAUCUCAUACCUGUAUUCUCCCUUUAAGGUCACAGAGUUUCUGUUAUCACUAUCAGUCUGAUGUUAACAAAAUAAAUGUAUUUGAGAUUAACUGCCGCAAACUUUCGUGGUAUGGUACAUGGGUAACAGUGCCAGACUUUUAAUUCUUACAACCGACAUCAGAUAAAGAAUUAUUAUUUUCUUGAACAUCGCUGAGAAAAUUGCAGCCCUUGGGGAGCAAUCUUGAAAGUCCCAAAUAUGUCCCCUGCUUCAUAACAUAACGAAUGGAGGCCUUCAAGAAGUUUUUGGUUCCAUUCUUCAACCAACUCCUGAAAUUCUCUAUUUCCUUUUAAACACUGUCACUAAUUCUAAUUGGUUUAAAAGUCUGGCCCACCCAUGCAAGUGCUAUUGUACCUGUAUAUAUAGUGGACCUAAAAAUGAGUGUAAAUAGAUCAAGUUGGCCCAGUAACAGCAUGGGAGGUGAAGAGUUAACGCAACUUGGAAGCAGUGUAUCUGGAAGAAUUGUACAGGGAGUUUCAAAAAUUUACUACUGAGUGUUGCAAAAAACAAUUAAAAACAUCUUUUUUUCCGGUUCAUCACCUAAAUAUUGAACAACUAUGAUUCCAUUCUCAAUUAUUGAAAUAAGGCUGUGUUUAGAAGAACAGUGCCUCACAAUCAACCCGAUAUUCCAGAUCCACUGUCUCCAAAUUGUGCAUCAAUCCUUUAGAAUGUUCUCUGACCAUGCCUAUUCCUGGACUAAGUUUCGCUGCAAUGCGCACAGUCCUCUCAAUCUUGUGUUGACAAAUGUACAUUGCCAUUUUAUAUAGACGCUUCUGUAAUAUAGAUUGCCACUAAUAUCAAAUCCAUCUCAAAAUGAACCUAGAUGUACUGCAUUACGUCUGUAAUCCACGCAUGGCAUCUUGGUUCUUGUUGAGUUGGAAAAAACUGGAACAGGAACAGUAUUUGUACAGCUCUCUUUCUCAGGCAUUCCUUGAUUUUUACCCAGAUGUAUGAUUUUUAACUUUGAAUAAAGAGCCAGUAUCUAUAUAUCUGAAAUAGAAUAUUUGUUAGACUGAAGUCUUUUUGAUGACCAUGAUAAUGGGUGCAUCAGCUAUGUCACAAAUGCAACAUUGUCACCUUUGCUUACUUAGCAAAUAGGAUUUCCUGGCAAGUUUUAUGAAAACAAAGAAAAAGUUAGUUUUCUCCUUGUAUGGAUUUUGGCAGUUUGUGGUGUCAGUUAUGCCAGAAUGCGGCAAGGACUAAAGUGAGUGAUCAACAUAAAGCCUCACUUAAAUGCUCACUAAUUGCUUAUGAUGAAAGAUGGUGACACCUAUGCCCUCCCCAUACUCCAUACCGGCACACUCACUUUGGUCCUGUUUGACCAAUGAGCAAAUAUCACCGAUUGCAACCUGAUGACAAUACUGUUCCAGUUCUAAAGCUUAAUGUAUAGAUUAACUCUAUCAUUUGUACAAAUUACCAUACAAGAAAUGCCAAAAAGACGUAUCUUCCAUAAAAAACACCAGUGCAGUCAUGUAAAAUAGUAGUAUCAAAAAGUAUAUAUGUUUAUCGACCAUGUGGAGGUCAUGACUCAUACGCACAACUCACGACUGUAAAGAGGUGUUAGCAAUGGUCUUUUUGGCAAUAAUAAGUUUUACAUUGGAUGUGUACAGUUUUUGUAAUAAUAAAUGUGAAUCAUCAUAGAUUAAAUGUUGUAGUCUGCAGUUAUUUCAAGAAAUGUGGCUCUGUAAAUUCCACUAUCAUUAAUUCACUGUCCUAUGCCUCAAAUGGAACUGGCCCUAAAUGGACCAGUACAGUUAUUUCAAGAGAUGUGAUAUAGUGUUAACUCCACACUCGUAUAAUAAGUUCACUGUCCUUUGCCUCAAAUGGAAAUUCAUUCCCCUUGACCCCAGAUCUAUGCCAUAUGCAGAUUAUCUUAGAUGCCCAAGCACUCUGCUCGUGCACAACAGCAGAAGUCUAGCUGGGGUUCAAUACAAAUCAUGUUGUAAUUAAAAGACUUAGUGUCAUUGGCGAGCUGCAGAAAAGUGUCUCCUAUCCUACAUUGUUGAAGAUCAUACCUCUUCCAUUCAUUUUAUUGAUGUUUCAUCAGGUGAAUUGCUGAGAUGAUUGUUAAUAUUCAGUACUUUGACAAAACAUCAACACACUGUUCAAGCAACGACAUGUUUUUGUACCACUGCGAUAAAAGUGAAAAGCCAACACUGACAUUAGCAAAGACAGGUUUGGCUGAUAAAGUUCCACAGUUUAUCUAACUGCGCAUAUUUCAUCAUUAGACAAUUGUGUUGGACUAGUUCUCCUAGGGAUUUUAUGGUCUGUUACACCAAUUCUAGUUUUAGACUAGUGAUAGUCAUGGCUACAGCAGGUCUGUUGUUUAAGGAGGAUCUGGAAACUCCUCCCAAACAUGUUCCCAUACUGUUUUCAUGCUGUUAUUGUGUCAUUCCAUAUCUGUGCUCUGUAUACAUUGAUUUCUUGGCAAAUAAAUGAGAUUUACACAA